AUGUCCGACUACGAGAAAGAAGAUAAGGGCCCCUUCUAUGAGGUCAAGGCCUCACACGACGACCUCCAUGCCAUCGUCACAACACAAUAUGGCGAGGUCGCAGAAAACACCGAUCAGCUUCAUCGACGUCUCGGUAACCGCCAGAUCCAGCUUAUCGCCAUCGGUGGCAGUAUAGGAAAUGCACUCUUCGUCAGUAUCGGUAGCGCUCUCUACCGCGCUGGUCCGGCUAGCUUGUUCCUCGCCUAUGCUAUCUACGCCUGCUUCUUGGCACUUGUCAACAAUGGCACUGCUGAGAUGAUUACCCUGUUUCCUGUCUCUGGUGGAUUCGUCCGUCUCGCUGGUCAUUUCGUCGACGAAGCCUUCGGUUUCAUGUCUGGCUGGAACUUUUUCCUGUACGAGGCAUUGGUCAUCCCCUUCGAAAUUACUGCACUUACGACUGUCCUGGGCUUCUGGAGCGACGAUAUCCCAUCGUGGGCGGUCCCGAUAGCAUGUAUUGUCCUCUACGGUCUAAUCAACGUUCUCGCUGUCAAGGCAUACGGGGAAGCCGAGUUCUGGCUCAGCGGUGGCAAAGUCAUUCUGAUCUUCCUCCUCUUUGCCUUUACCUUCAUCACCAUGGUGGGCGGUAAUCCGAAGGGUGAUCGUUACGGCUUCCGCUAUUGGAACAAUCCUGGAGCAUUCGCCGAAUACAGAUCCACCGGCUCUCUCGGCCGCUUCGAGGGUUUCCUCGCUGCUCUCUGGUCGGCGUCUUUCUGUGUCGUCGGACCUGAAUACAUCUCGAUGGUGGCUGCUGAGGCCAAGCGACCACGUAUCUACAUCAAGAAUGCGUUCAAGACCGUUUACUGGCGAUUCGCCAUCUUCUUCAUUGGAGGUGCCCUCGCUGCUGGUAUCGUCAUCGCCCACAACGACCCAGUUCUUACGGCUAUCGUCACCGGAACCUCCGGCGGCAGCGGGACUGCCUCCGCAUCGCCAUAUGUCAUUGCCAUGAACAACCUUGGAAUUACUGGGUUGCCACACGUGGUCAGCGCUCUGUUGUGCACAUCCAUCUUCUCUGCAGGCAAUACUUACACCUACUGCGCUACUCGUUCGCUCUACGGAUUGGCUCUGGACGGCCGUGCACCAAAGAUCCUUCGCUACUGCACCAAGAGCGGUAUUCCGAUCUUCUGCUUUGCCAUUACCAUGAUCUUCCCUUGCUUGUCCUUCCUUCAGGUCAGCAACGGCUCCGCCAAGGUCCUGAACUGGCUCAUCAACCUCGUCACUGCCGGUGGUGUGAUCAACUUCAUCAGCAUGUGCGUUACAUACAUCUUCUUUCACCGCGCCUGCAAGGUUCAAGGCGUUGAUCGCAAGACCUUCCCCUACUGCGGUUGGUUCCAGCCAUACUGUGCCUACAUCGGUCUUGUUUGGAUGAUCAUGAUCGUCACUUGCUACGGAUACAGCAGCUACAAGCCAUGGAGCACCGAGAACUGGUUCAUUUACUACGCCAUGUUGAUUCUCGCUCCAAUUCUCUUCGUCUCCUGGAAGGUCAUCAAGCGCACCAGCUUCAUUAAGCCACAUGAAGUCGACCUCGUCUGGGAACGCCCAACCAUCGAUGCCUACGAGGCUACUUUCAUCGAGCCACCGACUGGCUUCUGGCGCGAGAUGAUCGCAAUGGUUGGCAUUGGUCGCAAGGCUAGCCAGGCUGAUCGUAGACGAGCGAACGUUGCUACGAUAUGA